AUGGCUGGGAUCCGCGGUCCAUCUUCCUCCUCCAACCCGGCCAGUGGAGAGCGCACCCUCUCGGAGCUGCUCGGCGCCCUCGGCGCGCCUUCGCGGGACGACCUUGCUCGGUCAGUCCGUGUGCUGACGGAGCAGUCCCUGGCCGACCAGUCACAGAGGGCCGGGCCGCGCAUCAACUUCUCGUGCAGCGUGUGGCAUGACAGGACGAGGACUCUCAAGCCCGCCUACAUCGACGCCGCCGCAAAGUCGUACAAGGCACAAACCGGCGCCCUAGACUUCCACGACAAGCCGGAGGAAGCAGCGACUCAAAUCAACGCAUGGGCGGCAGCAUCCACAAACAAUCUCAUCGACAAAAUCAUCGACGCGAGCAGACUGUCCGAUCUGACCGACCUCAUGGUUGCUAACGCCGUCUACUUCAAGGGCAAGUGGAAAGAGCCUUUCGACAAGAAGAAGACCAAGGACGACAAGUUCUACCGCCUCGAUGGCAGCACCGUCAACGUGCCCUUCAUGCGAGAUUCACGCAGGCAGCGCAUCGCCUGCCAUGACGGGUUCAAGGUGCUCCAGCUUAGGCGGCGCAGGGGGGUCGACAGGCCGCGGGGGAUCUACUCCAUGUGCGUCUUCCUCCCCGACGCCCGCGACGGUCUGGCGCAGCUGACUGACAGGAUCAGCCGUGACCCUGACUUUGUAGGCAAGCACCUGCCGACCGAGACCGUCAGGGUCGGUGAGUUCCGUCUACCCAAUUUCAAGCUCGACUUCUCCGCUAGCUUGAACGGCGUUCUCCGGGACCUAGGAAUCAACGAGGCUUUCCGGCUCGAGAAGGCCGACUUCUCUGACAUGGUUGAAGAUAACGGCCAUGGAAUCAGCCUAUCGCUGGAGGAAAUAUCGCAUAGGGCUAUCAUCGAGAUGAACGAGGAAGGCACUGAGGCAACCGCUGCUACCUCUUUGGGGAUGCGUGGGCGUCCUAUACAGAAGUCUGUGCCUGUGUUUGUAGACUUCGUCGCUGAUCAUCCAUUUGCCUUCUUUGUGAUGGAGAAGUUGUCUGGUGCAAUCAUGUUCGCAGGACACGUCCUUGACCCCUCAACCUCCUUGAUGAAGCGACAUAAGAUCGACGACCAAGCAUGAAUGCUUAUGUGCAUACUACUACUAGGAUCAAGCAGCAUGUACGAUAUUUUAUUGAGAUCAUAUAUCUCCAGA